GUCUUGUCCAAUCAGUAUUGAAUAUUAUAAAUUGGAACUUAAAUUUAAAAUGGGAACUAUAGCUAGUAAAGACACCAGACGAAUCAGUUUCGAUAACAAUUUUGCAAUAAGCCCACCCAUAGCUCUCCAGAAAUCAAUAGAAGCCGAAAAUGUUAUAGCAUUUGAAAACCUCCCUCCCGAACCAUCAAACGAACUAAUGUUCAAAGACAAAGGCGGCGACUAUCUAGAAGAUGGCGAAAUGGAUUACUGGUCCCAUAGAAUAGACUAUCUCAAAAGGGAACAUCAAGUAAUCAAUAAAAUUAUCGAAGCUGAAUAUGACAAAAGCAUCGAAACAACAAACAAAACAUUCGAGUCGCCUAAAAUAACACACGAAAAAAUACAAAAAAUAAAACCAUGCUUUGACUGGCGAGCUAAGAUAUUGAAAUGUUACGAAGAUAAUUCUCAUCAACCACUGGUUUGUUCAACACUAGUGCAAGCCUUUACCAAAUGCGUCACAAAUUGCAGAAUGGAGGAUUAGUUUGUAACAAUUUCUUGUAGCUCGUUUUCGAUAGUAAUUAUACCUUGUCUUUCAACAAAACUUUCACAAUAAAUCAUAUUAACUUCCA